GAAGCCACGAUGACGGCAUUGGAUCUUUUCAAUGCUUUGGAGGAUUUAGGAGGAGUUGACUUUAUGAAACUCAAAUGGUACCUGCAGCAAGAAGUCCUGGAAGGCUUCCAACCCAUCAAAGUGUCCAAGCUGGAGAACGCAGAAAGGCAGGACAUAGUGGAUGUGAUGGUGAACACCUAUCGGCUAGAUGGAGCUCUGAAGGUGGCCAAGAAGGUUUUAGAGGAGAUCAACAGGAAUGAUCUGGUCCAGAGUCUGCCAGACCCCAGCUCAGGACCACAAGUUCUGGCUGCUGCCAGCAAUGUGCCUGAAGAAGAACCUUCAGCUCAACAGAAAGCCAGCAGCAGCAGCUCAGAGCAACAAGUGUCCAAACCAGGAGAAGUUCCCUGUGACGUCUGCACUGGAACCAAACUGAAGGCCCUGAAGUCCUGCCUGGUGUGUCUGGUCUCCUACUGUGAGACUCACCUGGAGCCUCAUCUGACCACGUCAGGUCUGAAAAGACAUCAGCUGAUCGACCCUGUGGAGAACCUGGAAGACAGGAUGUGUACGAAGCACGAUAAACUUCUGGAGCUGUUCUGUAAGACCGACCAGACAUGUGUCUGCAUGCUCUGCUCUGGUUUAGACCACAAGAUGCAUAAUGUUGUUCCUCUAAAAGAAGGAUUUAAAGGAAAGAAAGUAGAACUGUGGAAGACCGGGGCUGUAAUUCAGCAGAUGAUCCAGAAGAGACGACUGAAGAUUCAGGAGAUCAAACACUCAGUGGACCUCAGUGAGGAAGAUGCAGACAGAGAGAUAGCAGAAGGUGUUCAGGUCUUCACUUCUCUGAUGGGGUCUGUUGAGAGAGGCCUGAAUGAGCUCAUCAACACCAUCAAAGAGAAGCAGAAAACAACAGAAAAACAGGCCGAAGCUUUCAUCACAGAGCUGGAACAGGAAAUCUCUGAGCUGAUGAAGAGAAGCACCGAGGUGGAGCAGAUGUUAUGCUCUGAAGACCACCUCCAUCUUCUCCAGAGUGUCCAGUCCCUAAACAUCCAACAACCUCCACCCACCAAGGACUGGACAGAGGUCAGCGUCCGUCCAUCAUCAUAUGAGGGGACUGUGGUGAAAGCUGUAGUUCAGCUGGAGGAGACUCUCAGUAAAGAGAUGAAGAAGCUGCUUGAAGCCGAGCUGAAGAGGGUCCAGCAGUAUGCAGUGGAUGUGACUCUUGAUCCUGAUACAGCACAUCCUAAACUCAUCCUGUCUGAUGAUGAGAAACAAGUGAAUCAUAGUGAUGUGAGGAAGAAUCUCCCAGACAACCCAGAGAGAUUUACUAAGUGGGCUAGUGUUUUAGGAAAACAGAGUUUCUCUUCAGGCAGAUUUUACUUUGAGGUUCAAGUUAAAAGAAAGACUGACUGGUCUUUAGGAGUGGCCAGAGAGUCGAUCAACAGGAAGGGAGACAUCACACUGAGACCUCAGGAUGGUUACUGGACGAUAUGGUUGAGAAAUGGAAAUGAAUCCAAAGCUCUUGCUUCCCCUCCAGUCCGUCUCUCUCUGAAGUCUCCUCCUCAGAAGGUGGGGGUGUUUGUGGACUAUGAGGAGGGUCUGGUCUCCUUUUAUGACGUAGAUGCUGCAGCUCUUAUCUACUCCUUUACUGGCUGCUCCUUCACUGAGAAACUCUUCCCAUUCUUCUGUCCUUGUAAUAAUGCUGGUGGUAAAAACUCUGCCCCUCUGAUCAUCUCUCCUGUCAGAGUAAACUAAUCACUGAUCUCAUUUCAGGUAUUGAUUCAUUUUCAAUCAAGUACAAAUGUACAUAUUCAUAUAUUUUACAUCUGAUUUUCUACAGAAUCUGUUUCCUGUGGUGACUGAUUUACACUUUAUUCCAUUUAUUUUCAUAUGUUAAAUGAGCAGCAAUUCUUUCCAAAUUGAAUCAAAGUUCAUCUUGACAUAUUUGGUGUCU